UUUUUCAGGGAAGGAAAGAGACGUGCUUGCAUUUGUUACAUUAGGCUACCGGCGUGGAGACAGCUCAAGGUGAACGAAACUUUUAAGGAAUAUAGAUACAUUGAACAGGAAGCAUGGGUGAUAUUGCUAAGGGAAAGAAGGCAUUUGUCCAGAAGUGUGCCCAGUGUCAUACUGUUGAAAAUGGAGGAAAGCACAAGGUUGGUCCAAACCUCUGGGGUCUGUUUGGACGCAAGACUGGACAAGCUGAAGGCUAUUCCUACACCGAUGCCAACAAAUCCAAAGGCAUUGUCUGGGAAACCGAUACCCUCAUGACGUACUUGGAGAACCCCAAGAAAUACAUUCCUGGAACAAAGAUGAUAUUUGCUGGCAUCAAGAAGAAGGGCGAGCGUACAGAUCUUAUAGCAUAUUUGAAGUCGGCAACUUCGUAGACCACUGUCUAUGCUUUGUUCAAUGUAUAGACUUCCCUUUCUGUAUCUUAUAUAAAUAUCAUCAACUGUU